CAACAGCAACCACAAAAUCAUCAGCAACAACAACUGCACCAAGAUGUUGCCCAAGCGUCUUAUGCAGCGACUCAGGCAAACAGCACUAGCACCACAACAGCGACAACAUCGUCUUCAUGCAGUGGCCCUGCCGCCUCUAUACCUCGACAGCAUCCAAAGAAACGUAAAUUUGAUCCAUCCGAAUUGGAUGAGGCCAAUGAUAAUCAACAGCAGUCGUCGUCACAGCCGCAGCAGGUCAAACAAGACACAAAUGCGGCACACAACAACCACAACAGCAGUAAUGGUGGCACACCGACAGAGAUUAAAUCCUCCAGUACUGUUGCAAACCCCACCGCCAUCACCUCCUCCCCCUCAAUUAAUAGCAACAACUCCUACACAACAAAUGUGGUUGAUGCAGCAACAGCCAUUAGCAGCAACGGCAGCACUUCAAGUAAUGGUGGCACCAACAACAACAACAAUGCCAGAGAUGGUGCAACAAUCUAUGGUGGUGUUACAGUUACCGCCACCACCACAAAUGGUGCCAUAGACAGGGAAGGCAGCGGUGGGUUAGGUAUUUAUACAUUGCGCACAACAACAUUUGGUUCGCCAUCUCCAGGAGGUGGAUCAACGGGUGGUGCUGCCACCUCAACAUCCUUGGCUCAUAAUAACAGCAACAACAACAACAAUGAUACCGGUAGCGGGCCUCUGGUAUCAAUUGCCUCCAAGGCCAGUACAUGCAUGGAAAUACCCGAAAAACGUACAAUUAUAACAAGCAACAACAACAAUUCUAUGAACACCACAAACACAACAACACCAACAAAUGGCAGUAAUAACAAUAGCAACAACAUCAACAACAAUAGUAAUCAACAAAAUAAUGUUGCUGGACAACGAUAUAAUUUUGUACACCAACCGCAACAACAACAACAACAACCGCAAACAACUCACAACAAACACCCACAGAUGCAUGUUGUUGCUUUGAAUAGCAACAACCACACCAACAACACUACUGGGGGGCAACAGUCACAAAUGUCGCAUCAUUUACAGCAGCAGCAGCAGCAACAACAACAACAUCAUCAUCAAUCAUUAAGUGUGGUGUCCACAGCACCCCAACCAACAACAAACACAAUAACAAUAUCUGCAAAUGUUGUUAACACAUCAUCUUCUAUGUCCUGUUCCACCGCAUCCUCCUCCUUCGCCUCUUCCACAUCCAUGUCCACGUCCACAUCGACCAACGAUGAGAUUGUACUUAAUCUAAGUGAUUGGAUUAAUACACGGGUACUGGCCAAAUUGAAAAACUACUAUGCCCCGGGUGUAACACGUCAACCGUCUGCUGCCCUGUUGUCCUCAUCAUCGUCCACGUCCGCAUCGUCAUCAUCAACAUCGCCAAAUGCCGCCAUCAUCGAUGUGCCACCAAAUUCAAUUAUUGUCGAAUUUGAUCCACCAGAAAAUAGUACACACCUAUAUACCGAUGUACUUAAUAGUGGGCGUUUUAAUGUGAUAUUGGACGCAAGUCCACCAGCGGCUGAUCUUUUGGAGGAUACACGUGUCUGUGUGCGAACAUCCGUAGAGGGCCGCGAUGGUUGUGUAUUUGUUGAGGGUACCGUUGUCGAAGUACAUCCAGCAACGAAACAGUUUACAGUACAAAUUGGAACUACGGAAACUGGAGCAGCAAUUUUAAACACUGUAAAACGUGCCGAUUUACGUUUACUGUUACCGCCCUGGUGGGAUGAACUAAAUGAGGUAUCGCCACUGCAGACAAUAACACCGACAGUCAGCAACAAAAAAGUCGCAACGGCAGUAUCAUCGCCACAAUCGCGACGAACACUUGUUGCCACAACGACAACGCAGCAGCAGCAGCAUGGACAUCAUCAGGAACAGCAACAACAACAACCCCCACAUCAUCAAUUGACCACCUAUAUCAAUAAUAAAAUUGUAACUCCCAACAGUGGAACUGUAGUUCUGCAACGUUCAUCGGGUCAGCAUACGGUGACAACGCAACAAAAACCCGAUGAUUAUUAUAGGACCAUUGCAACAUCACCAUUUCAAACGGCCGGAGGGAAUAUUGUCAAUGGCAGUGGUGGUAAUGUGGUGGUGACAACAGGUGGUAGUGGUGGUGGUGGAGGGCAGCAACAUAAUGCCUAUAUAUUGCAAAACACUGCAAAUGGUUGUGUUGAAGCGGAACAACAGUUGCUGGCGGGUGAUGGUCAUCAUCAUCAGCAGCAGCAGCACCACCACCACCAAACUCAACAUCAUCAUACACAAUCACAUCAUGCUGGUGGAAUCGAUGCUAAGACAUCUGAAGAACUGCUAAUACAACAACAUCGACGACAAAUACGUCAUCAGCAGCAGCAGCAACAACAACAAUCACAACAACAUCGUUCCAACACCACCAACCCCACAGUUGUCACACAAUCAAAUUCUGCCACACCCGCCGCCUACGAUGACUCAUACGAUUCCGAUGAAGAACUGAAACGUGUUGACAUUGGCGGCUAUGCAUCGCUGACCGAUGCCGAUCCGGAAAAGCUAUCCGGCGGCAGUAAACGCAGCAGUAUGCAAAGUCGCGGCAGCUCAUCAUCAGCACUUGAACAGAGGCUAACACCACGAUCUCAUCCAGCUACUCCACGAUCUCAAGCAAAUACGCCGCAUCGCUUCAAAAAAGGCGAUAUUGUCGAAUCCGAAUCGGGCGUACGCAAAAAAUUCAAUGGCAAACAAUGGCGUCGAUUGUGUUCGCUAUGUUCGAAAGAAUCUCAACGUCGAGGGUUCUGUUCGCGCCAUCUCAAUCAGAAGGGCAAUUCGUUGCGUUCCUCGGGACCGAGUCGUUUUCCAAGUGAUAUUAGCAGCCGUUCUAGCAGUAAAACUCAAAUCGAUGAGGAUACAUCUCGUGAUUCGGAAACGUCACCAAAUUAUCGUAUUACUGGUCGUUUUGAUCAGGAAGAAACGGAUGUCGCCAAUAUGUUGGUAUCCCUGGGUAGUUCCCGUUCCGGCACACCCUCAUAUUCAUCGCCCGUCAAUCAUGGCACCUCACCCAUGAAUGCCAAUAAUUCUCCCGUGCCACCGGUGGUGGCCACCAACCGCCAGAAUUUCUUUACACCCAUUGGUGGUGGACCGGUAACGCAUUCACAAGACGCCCACGCCAACAAGUGGAAGGCUACACCGUCACCGGUCAUGUAUAAUGUUAUGGGUGCCUAUGGUCCUCAGGUGAUAUGCCCCGAAUCGGUUAGAGCCAAUAACAGCAGUAGUUCGGUAACAACAGUGCCAGCACCGCCACCACCACCUCAACAAUCACCAGUGUCAAUGGUAAUGCAUCAGCAGCAACAGCCUGCAGUGGUGUCCACACCACCACAACAGCCAAUUAUGUCGCCACAUUUACCCUUGACACCUCAACAACAACAACAGCAUCAUCAUUUGCAGGCUUCAAUAUCACCGGGGCCGCCACCUCCUCCCAUGGUUAUUACAUCGUCGUCGGCGUCAUCAGCGGGAGUUGGUCAUUCAACUGGCUCAGCAACAAUUACAUCAAUGGCCCAUGCCACAAGUGUCAUAAGGAUAUCACCAGCGGCAGCUGCUUCCUCAACUACAGCCACAAACAUGACCAAUGCAGCAUUGAUACAGGCCCAGGCAUCUGCUGCUGCUGGUGGUGGUCAGUCAUUUCAUCCCGUUAUUGUGGAUGCCACACAAUUAAUACCAUCGCUACCGGCCCAUCAACAACGGCAACAAUCAUCACCUUCGCCACAGCCACAAAAUACUGGACUCAACUCAAUUCAGGGUAUUCAACAGCAGCAACAACAACAACACCAUGCUGCAGCAAUCUCAUUGAAUCAAAUGCGAAUGCAGAAUGCAGCAGUUGGCGGUGGAGCAACAUUGUUGCCCUUGCAACAGCAGCAACAACAACAGGUUAAAGCACAAAAUAAUACACCUCCCCAUCAUCAACAGCAACAACAACAACAAUCUAUUCCAAAAAACGGCAUUAAUGCGGGGUCGAUUUUUCACUGGCAUACGCUGCUGCCUCAUAUCCAUCAGUCCCCCGUUAAAACCCAACAAACAGCCACAAAUUAUUCAUUAGCCGGUAUUGUGCCACCCACACCCUCACCGACCAUUUCCAAUACCACAGAGGCAGCAGCAUCAACGCCACCACCACCAUCCUCCUCAGCGUCAUCAGCAUCCCAUCACCAUCAACAUAUGCCAGUGAAUAACAACAACAACAAUGGUCACAUCACCAUCAAACAAUCCAUGCCAUCUCCUGGUUCCGGAAAUCCCUUAAAUUUAAGUGACGCCAAUAAAAAUUCAGCCAUGGCCUCAUCGGCAUCCGAUUUAACAAAUUCCGCCGAUGACAUCGAUGAUCAAUUGGAUGAUGAUGUCUUUGAGCCAUCGCCGAAAAACGAAAACACCAGCAGCGGCAGCGUCAACAUGACCGCCAGUAAUUUGAGUAUUAAAAACAAACGACUGGAACGUUUUAAUAAUGAUCAGCAGCAACAACAACAGCAACACUACAACAACAUAAUAAAGGGCAGUGGAGGUUUUCGGCCUAAUAUUUACAGUAGCUCAGCGGCAGGUGAAACAACAACGAGUGGUGGUGGUCGAAGAGGUGUUGGAAACAAUGAGGUAAAUGAUGGACGUGAAACGGCAACAACAACUACGACCCAUCAUCAUGCAGGUGGUGGUAGUGGGGCCUCCAAAAGGCGCUCCCAAUCCCUAAGUGCUUUGCAGCAACAGCAAAAUGCUGCUGCAGCAGCUGGAGGAGGAGGAGCUGGAAAUGCAAAUGGCAAAAUACGACGUCCCAUGAAUGCUUUUAUGAUAUUCUCCAAAAAACAUCGUAAAUUGGUACACAAAAAACACCCGAAUCAAGAUAAUCGUACGGUUAGUAAAAUCUUAGGUGAAUGGUGGUAUGCCCUAAAACCAGAAGAGAAGGCACCCUACAAUGAAUUGGCUUCCUCUUAUAAGGAUGCCCAUUUCAAAUUACAUCCCGAUUGGAAGUGGUGUAAUAAAGAUCGACGUAAAUCAUCGAGUUCGAGUAAAGGUAGCGGUACAGCUGGUAACGGUGAUUUAAAAUAUCGUCUCGAUUCCAUUGAUGGCUCAGAUUCUAUAGAUCAAGAACAUAGUCCCACCACACCUGGUUGUUAUACCGGCUCUGGAUCAUUUAAUAACAAUGGUAAUCCUGCUGCAAAUGGUGGUGUCGGUGGCCCUAAUGCCGGUGGACCGAAUUCUGGAAAUGAUAUGCAAACUGAUAUUAUUCCAUUGACCAUUGCAACAUAUAAUACUUCGUGCACGGAAUCGGAUCCAACGACAAUUAAUAGUCAUCAUUUAUCGGCACAGAAAUGUAUUAAAGAAGAGCCAAUGAAAUUGGAUAUUACAUCGGAAGAAGAACAGAUGGUCAUUGACGAAGAUCAUGAUGAACAGGAAAUGUGUAAUAAUAGUAGCAGCAACAACAACAGCAGCAGUAAUACAAAUUUAUACCAUCAACAACAUGAAGCACAAAAUUCCAAUAAUUCCUCUUCGGUUGAUCUCAAGUGUCGUGAACGUGUUACCGAUUCCGAUGUCGAAGAUACUGGUCAUGAUUAUCGUAAAAAUCUCACAGCCAUUAGUCAUGCUGUCAAUGAUAAGGACGACCAACAACAGCAGCAUCAACAACAGGCCACACCACCGGCUACCUGUAAACCAACACCGUUAAAAGCUUUGCCACCAAAUUUGGAAAAUAAUAUGAUGAAAUUUAAACAAAUGUCGAUGCUAUCAUACCCAAGUCCCAAAAAUCCAAUUGGUGUAACACCUUUCCAACCCACAGGUGGUGCUUUUAAGACUAUGCCCAUAAGUCCAAAGAGUACAAAACACGAUGAACAACAAUCACAACAACAAAUUAUUAUUAAACAAGAAGAUCUCAUGGAUGUUGCCUAUAUUAAACAAGAACCACCCUCGCCAUAUAAAUUGAAUGGUAAUGCAGGAGGAAAUGCCAACAAUUCAACAUCGUCGUCAGCAGCAUCCGCAGGAGUUGGUGGCGGUGGUAAUAUUUUUACCUUUAAUGUGCCACAGCAACAAAACAAAUCUUCACAAUAUACUGCUGGUGGUCCACCAUUACGCAGUCCUACAGAUCCAAGAACAACAAGUGAUCAAUCCGACACUGAUUUAAAACCGCCCAUUAAAAUGGAUACCAAUCAAGAUGAUGAUCCGGAUGAUGCCAUCUUAUAUGAUGAUGAGGACUACGAUGAUUAUGAAACUGAAACCGAUUUUGAUGAUAUUGAAUUUUAUACCAUACCAAAAACAAAAACCCUCUUAAUAUCAUCGACUUCGCGUACUCCAACACCGACAGCAACGACAACAACAACAAUACAAACAAGUGGUGGGACAACAUGUGGUCAACAGGGAAUUACAACGACCAUGACGACAACAACAACUAAUAUUCGUUUACAUACCAUAACACCGCCAAUUGCCAGCCGACAACCGCAACAACAACUACAACAUAGCUUUGUACAUUUAAGACGUUCGAUGACACCACAACAACACACUUCCUCCCCACAUCGCCACUUAAAGAAUUUACAUUUUCGUCGUGUGGAAACACCCCCCACGGUUAUAACCCGAGUUCCCACACCCUAUGGCCAUGAACAUCAACAGGUCAUCAACAACAACAACAACACAGUAGCCACACGGCAAAGUAUUGUUGUUACGCCAACACCAAUUAUAAAGGUUGGCAACAGUAGUCAACAUCAGCAUCCAAAGCAAAUAACAAUUAUAAGGACCCUGACCACGCCGCCUCCUUUGUUUUUUCGUACCAUACAAAAGACAACAGCAGCAGCAACAACAACGGCAAAUAAAACGGAAAUAAACCCUAAACUCCAAGUUAAUAGCAUAUCAAACCAAAAAACCACAUCAUCCCCUUCUGCAUCAUUGUUAACAUCAUCAUCAUCAUCAUCUGCUUCCACAGUGUUGUCCUCAUCAUCAUCAUCCGCUUCAUUAUCAUCUACCACAUCAUCAUUAUCAUCCUCAUCCUUUAAAAAUGAUUUGAAUGAUACUAAAAGCCAAUAUCCCACAAUGUGCUCCUCUUCCUCCUUAAUGAACACCACAACUACUACUACCUCUACUGCUUUCCCCUGUAACAAUAAUAAUAACAAUCCAAAAACAACAACAACAAAAACCCUAUUGCUGCGAAAUAUCAACCCAAAUGCAAAUGGUGCUGCCGCCAACAAACCACCAUCAGAACAAUUUGCUGCCACCAAGGCUACCGGCAGAGCGGCCAUACUCUAUGAUGCCUUGGUAUUGGAUACCCUAAAUGAUGACGAUAUUGCUGAGGAAACCAUAUCUCCAGUGAAACAAGAAAAUGAUACAAUCCGCUCAUCCUCCUCCACACUGCAAGAAGAUGUACAACCAAAAACCAACACCCAUAUUACACAGCAGCCACCACCACAAACCAUGUUGCUGAUUACCGAUGCCAAUAGUUUAAAUCGGCAACAACAGCAAAGUAUUGCCCAACAACUGCUGCAGCAUAAAAUGCGACAGCAGCAACAGCAACAAAUUCCCUUAUUGGCAACAACAGGAUCGAACGUCAGCCAAAGUGCACAUGCUGGGGCUCCCACAACAAUACGGCCCUCAAUAUCGUUUAUAAGUAAAAUAACAAUACCGGCAAAUGCUCGUAUACUAACCAAUGCCGCAGCAGCAGCAGCAACAUCAACAGCACCAAAUGCAGGACACAAACAACAACAGCAACUUUCCAAUAAUAGUUGCGGCAAUGGUGGUAGUACCAUAACCAUAAUUCCAGCCAAUACUAACAACAAUAAUUCUAACACUAACAAUAACAAAUUAACAACUAACACUAUUGUGGUAACGGGCAAUAACACCAACAACAACAACAAAUCCAAUGCUGCUGCUAACAUUUUAACCAAUUGCUCUUCCUCCUCUGCUGCAACUGGAACAAAUUUUUUGUCCAAUAAAAAUUGUACCACCAACACAGUUUUGGGUAAUACAAUUGUCACUUCAACGCACUCCUCUUCUUCUAUUCCCUCCACUUCAAUAAAAACCUUAGGUUCCCAGGCAACUUCAUUGACGGUCGUUUCAUCAUCAGCAGCGUCAGUGCCAUCAUCACCAGCAGCUACCGCCGGCGGUAAUGGAGGACAACCAAAACAGCAACAGAUAUUGUUUGCUGUCAAUAAUGCAAUGCCACAUCAUCAGUAUGCUGCCCUAUUACCCAUGCAUCAACAACAACAGCAAACACAACAUCCCCCACAACCGAAUGCUCUACAAAUGCAGUACAUUUUCAAGAAACACAAUGGACAAGGUGAACUCGUGCCUACCUCAAAUCCGAAUGCUUUAAUUUUACACAAUUAUACUCAAGAACCCCUUCCAAUAUCACCAUCCCACAGAACAUCAUUGCCAACGACACCCAAAUCGGCAACGGAAACUAGUUUCCAACGUAACACGACAGCAGAUGGUAGUUUUGAUGAAGGCGGCGGCAGCGAUGUACAAAAACAACAGGAUAACAAUGAAAUGCAACAACAAUUCAUAUUGGCACCAACACCCGCUCAACUGGGUAGAGCACCGCUACAACGUCGUAAAAAUUUGUGUGGUAAUUUUAGUACCGCCACCAUUCUAUCGAAUUCCAAUAGUGGAGGAGGUGGUGGCGGCAAUGGUGCCAAUAAUAAUUUACAUUCACCCAUAAUGGAGGGAUCAUCUCCGAUAAUCGGACAUGUUUCAACGGUGACUAUAACAUCGGCAUUGCCAACACCUACCUCAUCGUCUACUACGCCGAACAGUGAUGAACAGCUGCCGCUGACACCGUCAUCGAGUAGUGGUGGUGCUGGUAGUGGUAGCAGUGGUGCAUCGAUCGGCACCAACAACAGUUCGUUACCGAAAUCACCAAAAUCCCUGCAUGGAGCAAAAAAGAAAGCACAACAGCAGCAGCAACAACCGGAUGGGAAAUCAAAUGCCCUUGCUUCAAGUGUAUUGGCUGAUUUUGAAAAGAAAUACGAGGCCUUGCCUCAAUUCAAGCCAAAGGAUUGUCAAUCGCCCAGCGCCAUUGCAGUGCCAUCAUCACCGCGUGUCUAUGGUACAAAUUAUCGUAAGAAGAAUGCUACUGCCCCACCACCAGUACAAAGAAUACAAAGCGAAGAUGAGGCUACCGAUGAUACGGCUUCAAUACCACCAACGCCGACUCAGCGUUUCUUUGGUCCAGAUUUUAAUAUUGACACUCUAAGAGAAUUGGAAUCAUCGGAUCAAACGGGACGUUCACCGCGUACCCCUCAAACCCCGCUGCAAAGUGCCCGCUCUGAUGCCAGCGAGAAAGGUCAUCGCAAACUUUUGGAACAGCGUCGUAAUUUGGUAUUGCAACUUUUUGCUGAACAUGGUCUAUUUCCAUCGGCCCAAGCUACAAUUGCAUUUCAGACAAAACACAUUGACGUCUUUCCUCGUCGCCAGGAUCUGCAAUUGAAAAUACGCGAAGUACGUCAAAAACAAAUGAGUCAAUCCGGUUAUACACCACAUUCGGCUGGCCCCAUAACACCAUCGGAGAAUAGUAAUCAAUCGUUAUCAUCAACAUCCAUGAUACCAACAAAUUCCAAUAGCAACAACAACAAUACAAAUUCAACGGGAAUGUCAUUGCAACAAUCCAUAGAACAACAACAGCAGCAGCAGCAACAAACACAACAAUCCCAACAAAGUUAA